AUGUCUCUUUUCCUCAUGGUGACUCAGACAGAUAUUCCACCAGAUCUUACCAAUGAAGACAAAGCUUUGGUGUUUCAAAGUCUUGAUGCUUCCCUGAACACCCAAAUUCUCUAUGCACUAUUGCAUGGCAUAUACACUGGAAUUCUUGCUGUUACAUUGUGGAAUAUAUUCAUCAAUAAAUGCUGGCCAAUCCGACGAGCCCUGGUUGUCAUUAUUAUUCUCCUCCAUGCUCUGAUUACUAUUGAUGUUGCUUUCCAAUGGUCACUUAUAUACUCCACAUUCAUUCAAAAUGGACAAAGUUUUUGGACUGUAUUCUUGAAGAUUAACAGUGUGAGCCAAGCAGUCUAUUUGGAGGCAGGUACUACAGCCUCUAUGAGUACCAUUCUCACAGACUCAUAUAUUAUUUGGUGCUGUUGGAUGGUUUGGGGAAGGUGCUGGCUUAUUGUCCUGCUUCCAAUCCUUUGCCUAAUUUCUGCAACUGUUUCAAAAAUCAUUGGUAUAUAUCAUGUGUAUUUCACUGGAUCUGACUCAGUAUUCCAGAUGCUCUAUGUAUCCUUGGUCCUGGUAACAACAUUAUGGUGCACACUGCUUAUCAUUUUCCGCAUUUUGAUUGUUACUGGGGUUAGACGUGGAGCAGGCAGCCGACUGAGAGUUUAUUACCAUUUUAUUGAAGUGCUAGUAGAAUCCUCUGCUCUCUAUUCAAUAACUCUGAUUCUAUACUUGGCUUUCAUCAUUCGCCUUGAUUUUGGAGCAUAUUAUCUUGAAUCUAUAGCUACUAUUGCAAAGGGAGCUGCACCCACACUCAUUGUUGGCAGAGCAGCAGCAGGACACACACGUCCACAUGAAGAACAUGAUGAAAGUUCAACGGUGUCUACCAUUCGUUUCCAGACAUCUUCACAAUCUUCUCAGCUUUCACAACCUUCCAUGGCAAGCUUUCAGGACUCCAACACCAUGCAGAGUGCAGUCCUUGAAGUGGACAUUGAAGCUCAAAGGGAGCAGUCAGAUGAGCUUGUGGUAGUUGUUGAAAGGUCAGAAUAGAGCUCAUAGCUAACAUCUGAAAGUCGGGGUGAGACUGGAGACUAAAUUUAG